AUGGCCACUGAUAUAUCACAGGAUAUUAUUCGCAACACCUACGUCGAUAAUGUCUUCUACGGUGCAACCAGCAUCAUUGAUGGAGUUAUCUUCUACAAGGAGUCUAAAUCCUUGUUUCACAAAGCCGGCAUGAAUCUUCGCGCUUAUGCUAGCAAUUCUACAAAGCUCAACCAUUAUUUCGAACGAAAAGAGAAAGGAGUAAUCCCUAAGGUACAAAAACUCCUUGGCUUAGAAUGGGAUACGACCAACGACCUUAUUAUUUCUUUCUUCAAUCUCUCUGGAAAGAAAAACACACGUGGGACGAGGCCUUAUCUUCAGAAAAAAGAAGCACAAUGGGAAGAAAUCCUGUCAACCUGGACCAUCAAUGGAAUCUCGAUACCCCGUCUUAUAGUACAGCAUCGAAAGGAAAUCCACUACGAAUACGAUCUUCACGUUUUCGCUGAUGCAUCUUCUGCAGCUUAUUGUGCAGCAGCCUAUCUCGUACAAAGAAUAGAAGAUAACCCAGUAAGAGCUUCAUUGUUAAUGUCGAAAUGUCGAUUAGCACCACUAAACCAUUCCAUGACGAUUCCACGCUUAGAAAUCGCAGCGCAUGAUUGGAUCUAA